AUAUAUUAUUUAUUUUUAUUUUUUUUUUUUAUAAGUUUCGUUUGGACCUGUUCCUUUGUACGAAGACUGUAUCCCUGUAUAUAAUAUAAUAUAUAUAAUAUGUUAUGAUUAUGUUAGUUGUUAUUUAUUAUAUAUAUAUUUUCCUUAUCUCUCUCUUUUUUUUUGUUUGUUUUUUUUUAUUAGUACCUAACAUUGCUAUUAUGAUGCUGUAUUACAUUGCAUUGGCUAUUAUUUGUAUGUGCGACGAAUUUUUCAACAUGGCCGCUCGCGUGUCUCUUUGGUAUGGCGUUGGUUUAAUGUCAACAGUAACGUGUUGUUGAAAUAGCUAAUUAAUUGUUAAUCAUUAUAAUUUUAUUUAGUAGUGUUUUUGUAAUAUUGUUUUGUAUUUCAUGAUAUUGUCUGUGUCAAUACCGUGUGCUACUUUAAUGUGAUAGCAUGGAUUGUAUUGUCACCGAAUUUCAAUAGUCAUUGUUUUGAUUAUACGUGACUUGCAUUUAUAUUCUGCUCUUUCGAUGCUGCGUCACUUACCUGGAUCGUUCCCACAACAUCAUCCGAUUCUUUGAUAUGCCUUGGAUACUUACUACGGCUGCCUUCAAUCGUCUUAUAUCUGUGGUCAUAAAGUUUCCGCUAUCUGUGUUAUUCAACGAACAGUGCCAUGCUUCCACAGUAUUGUUAUAACAUUUACUGGCUGUUGUACAUGGUGUUCCGCAAACAGGGAGCCAUAACCUAUUUUGCACGUAAACCUUCUCGUAUGAUGAUUACUUGUUCACAAGGUGUUCACUAUCUGUAUUAUUCGACGAACAGUGUCACACCUCCUUUUGAUUUAUCCACAAUAUAGUUAUAACAUUUAGUAACCUUGUAUUUUGCACUGAGACGAUUGAAACUAAUUUAUUCACUUAUUUUAGGUAGCUGUCGUACAUUGUGUUCCACGAACAACGAUCCAUAACCUAUACUUGCACGUACACUUUCUUGUAUGUUGAUCACUUGUUCACAAGCGAGAUCAACGGUCCUAAUUACUAAAUUGCACGAUGUGUUCAUACAAAUUCACUUUUUAUGAACGCGAUGAAACGAAAUGAAACCUAAGUAGAGAUUUGUUUUCUCAUCAAGUAUAACGAGUUUUAUACUUUGGAUAGAUUGCCUCGUUGUGAGAAGGUCUUAAUCGUUUAUAAUUGCGAUUAAAUAAUUGCAAUAAGUCAUAUUUUUAAGAAACGUUCUCACAUGCUGUCACACACUCUAAUUAGAAAAGGAUCAUGAAACAUUCGGUUUAUGAUAUUAUUUGUUUGUAAAUCUUCCUGCUUCCGGAAACUUUUUUAAAUAUGAAAAUAUUUAUAUACAAAAUUAAAUAUUUUUUUCAAUAUCAACACUUCUUGCGUUUAUGUUGUCCUAGUCAGAAUUAUAUUAUUUCGUGUAUCCUGUUGCUUUUUAUAUGAUAGUCCUCCCGUUGGCUGCGGAUUCGUUAUCAAGCCUGAGGCCCUCGUCACUAGUGUCACUGUCGACAAUAAAGGUACCCCACCCGCGACCGGACGAUGGAGAACUCCAACACGGAAUCGCAAUCUCCCGCGAGCCCUGCCCGGGAGGGCGCCUCGAGCUCGGGCUCGGAAUGUGACUCGAGCUCGGAUUCGGAUUCAGACUCGACAUCAGAAGUGGCAUCCGAACACACGUUGUCGGCACGGGAUCGUAAGAGUAUCGUGCGCGCACUAAAGCGGUCGCUAGGGAAGAAGAAGAGGAAGAAGAAGAAGAAGAAGAAGAAGAAAGGACACCGGGCAACCUGGGUAUCGCUACCGCGCUUCAACCCCGAAGCCGCGGACGCAGAUCCAGCCGCCUGGUGCACAGCCGUCGGCCUGCUCAUGAGGGACCACCGCCUGAAAAACAGCGCACUGUAUUCUGCCCUAAACCGUGCCCUAGAGGGUCCGGCAGCGUAUUGGCUUACGCAGAUAAUGAACGGCGACGAGCUCACCUGGCCAGAUUUUAAGGAACAAUUCGCCGCGCACUUCGGUGGCCAAGAAGUAGCAGCCGCGUCGCUAAUCAAGGUAGCCGAGGAACUACCGCGGGACGGCGAAACACCAGGAGCGUACGGAAAUCGUAUCAUCACCCUCCUGGAGUCGAAGUGGCGAAAUUCAACCAGGGAAGAGGUACUCGCCGCCACCGCCCUCCAUCUGCUGGGCUCGCGCGAUGAACGUUUUAAACGACUAGCGCUCACGAGUGACAUCACGUCGGUGAAACAAUUCCAAAGAGAAAUGAAGCCCUUCCUAUACACGGAGUGGCCAACGCCCCCGUCGUGGAGGUCAUUAGCGAGCUCCGGAAACAAACGAGGCAGGUCACCCGCCCCCUGGACCAGGUGUGGCCACUGCGGUAUUUACGGACAUCCGACAUUCGAAUGCCGCAAGAGGGCGAAGUGGGAACCGAAGAAGGACCCCCAACGCCCGGAGGAAAGCCGACCGGCUGCACCACCAAAAGCGUUGUGCUUUCACUGCCACAUGCCGGGACACAUCGCGUCUCGCUGUCCAUCGCGGCGAGAAGAAAAACAUUGCCCCGAGGACGAGCGCCGGGUCGAUGCCUGCGUGGUGGAAGCCCCGACGGGUAGACUAAGCCAGCAGGCCACACACGAGGACGUGUAUGUGUCAGGAUGGCCGAGUCGGAGACGAAAGGACGCCGGGGCCCCUCUGGAACUUCAGGACAACACCCUAACCUUGCACCCUAGAGCCUAAUAUAGCCAUAACGAAACAAUCGCAAGUAUCCAAACCGAUAGCAAUCGUACGUCGAUCGGAGGAUCGUGUGUACUGAGACACUCGACCGGAGUCUUGUUUCGGUGGCGUCGUUGGGAUGACGAGCAGUCUUGCUAGAGAGCUGAUCGGUGAAGGAAGUCGAGUGCUUUACGAGCAGGGAGUGGUGCAUGUGUGAG